AUGUUAUCUAGACGUAUAUUAUUAGGAUUACCUACUAAUCAUCCAAAAACUAAAGAUAGAUUGACUGAUCCUUUUGCCAUACGUCUUGGAGGACUGCCAAUUGGCCUUGAUCCAUUUACGAAACCACCAAUAAAAUUUUCAAAAUGUAAAAACUGCGACCAAAUUAUGCCUCUUAUUUUACAAACACGUGCUUGUAUUGAUCAUGUAAAUUAUGAUCGAGUUAUAUACGUAUGGGCAUGCUGCAAUAAGUAUUGUCAGUAUAAAGAGGGCUCGGUUCGAGCCAUUAGAGGCGUUUUAUAUGAAAAAACAAAGAAUUUUAAAAUAAAACAUUCUCAAAACAAUAAUCUGCAUAUUGAUUGUUUUUCAAAUCUUGGUGAUUCUUUAUUUAAAACCUCAAAUCUUCCGCUUUCUCACGCAUCUAAUUCGUUUCAAAUAAAUUCACCUACAAGAAUUGAGGAACAUUUUUCUGUAUCAUUAAAUUUAACAAAUCAGUCAAAUACAAAAAGUUCUCAAACAAAUUUCCUUUUAACUCAAAAUCCCUCCCAAUUUGAAGUUGAAAUAGGAGAAAAUGAGGAAGAUAAAUGGCCAAAUGAUAGUAAAAUACUACAGUAUCCCGUAAAAUUUCUUUAUAUUGCAGAAGAAAAUGAGCCAAAUCAUAAAGAAUUUACUAAAAAGCUAGAUAUGAAAGAUAUAGAAGAAAAGUUUGUAAAAGAAGGUGAAAAUGAAUGGUCCGAAGAAACAUAUGAAAAAUCAACAUUAGAAAAAGGAUUUAAUAUAUUUACAAAAAAAGUUAUUUCUAAUCCUCAACAAUGUGUUAGAUAUAAUAGAAAAGGAGAACCUUUAUAUUAUUCUUUUACUGACUCUCUUGUUAAGAAAAUUAAAUCGUCUAAAUCUACAAAUCCACUAGGAAAAUGCCAAUUAUGUGAUUCUCAAAAUGUUUUUGAGCUUCAAAUUAUGCCAAACACUAUUAAUAUUUUAGAAGAAGAUUCAUCUUUAGGAGAUAUGCUUUGGGGAACAAUUUUAAUAGGAACAUGUGGUAACGAUUGUAUUCCUAAUUUGAAUAAUAAAGGUAUUGGAUAUGCCGAAGAAUGGGCUGGUGUUCAGUGGGAAAAUAUGAGAAAAUAA